UUUGAUUUUAAAAUACUCGAAAUACCAAAAAAAAAAAUUCAAGUGUGAAAUCGAUAAAAAUAUAAAACAAUUCAUAAAUCCUAGUACAAUGCCAAAAGUGAAGAGCGAAAAAAAGUCGCGAGUCCAUAAUGAAGUAGCAAAGCAAGGAAUUGUAUUCAAUAAGGAUUUUGGUCAGCACAUAUUGAAGAAUCCAUUAGUUAUAACUUCAAUCAUAGAAAAAUCAUGCAUAAGACCUACAGAUAUAUGUCUUGAAAUCGGUCCAGGUACGGGAAAUAUGACAGUUAAAAUUUUAGAAAAGGCUAAAAAAGUAAUUGCUUGUGAAAUAGAUCCAAGAAUGGUGGCAGAACUACAAAAGCGUGUUCAAGGAACGCCAAUGCAAGCCAAGUUGCAGAUACUAAUUGGAGAUAUAUUGAAGAAUCCAGAAUUGCCAUUUUUUGACUUGUGCAUUGCUAAUGUUCCAUAUCAGAUAUCGUCACCUUUAAUUUUCAAAUUGUUACUUCAUCGUCAAUUCAGAUGUGCAAUCUUAAUGUUUCAAAAAGAGUUUGCCCAACGACUUGUAGCAAAACCAGGUGACAAGCUUUACUGUAGAUUGAGUAUAAAUACUCAACUUCUUGCUAGAGUCGACAUAAUAAUGAAAGUUGGUAAAAAUAAUUUCAAACCACCUCCAAAGGUUGAAAGUGCUGUCAUUCGUCUUGAACCCAGGAAUCCUCCAGUUGAAGUAAAUUAUACAGAAUGGGAUGGACUCACGAGAAUUGCAUUUUUACGCAAAAAUAAAACAUUAGCUGCUGAAUUUAAGCACACAUCCGUCUUAACAUCCUUAGAUCAAAACUACAGACUUCAAUGCUCUAUUAAUAAUGUGGAUGUGCCAAAAGAUUUCGACAUUAAAAGUAAAGUUGAAGAGAUAUUAACGACACUUGAAGCUGAUAAAUUUAGAGCGCGAACAAUGGACAUUGAUGAUUUCAUGAAAGUCCUUCAUGCAUUUAAUAGUGCAGGCAUUCAUUUCAGUUAAAGCGCUCCAAUUUGAAGGACUGGAAUAAAGAAACUAAAUGCCUUUUUUACAUAAGCUGUUGCAUUCGAGCACUACAAUAAAAGAAAUUUGUAAAGUUUCUCAUAAAACAUCAGAAUAAAUAUGGAUUUACCUCCAUGAAUACUUCCAUA